AUGUCCUCUGCUGCUACAACGGUCCCAUCCACCGCUCAUCAUAAAACUAAAACAACGACAGCAGCAACUAAACAAUCAUUAUCAAAUAUCAAUAGUAAAGGAACAAAAUCAUCUGCACCACCACCUAAAUCUCCAUCGUCCUCCUCAUCAUCAGCAUCACCUCAAUUCGAUAUAACAAAGGACGAAUUUGAACGCAUCUCGGAGGCAUUAAAAAAGGAAGAGUUCCGUAAAUUAUUUCUCGACUAUAUUGAAGAAAUACAAGAUCCGGAAAAUCUUCGCCGCUAUGAAGAAGAAAUCAAACAAAUUGAGGCUGAACGUGGUGUCGAUGUCACCUUUGUACAUCCCCAUCCCGGAUUUGUUAUCAAAACCUCACAGAAUGGCGAACAAAAAUGUUUUAUAAAUUGUGCCAAAAAUGAAAAUGUGGGCAAGCCCACAAGUCAGGUCUCGUUGAAUCAUGCGACCGGUCAGAGAGGAUUGAGCUGGUCUAUUCCCAUGGCCCAGGCACCGCCACGUGAUGAUUUCGAUAAUAAUAAGAAACGUUGUUGUGUCUAUGAUGUUGUCUUCCAUCCGGAUGCCUUGUAUUUGGCCGAAAAGAAUUCGGCAUUUCAUAAGUGCCUGGUCGAUACAGCACUGGAUGCCGUUGAAAGGGAAUUUAAGGUAACACUGGAUCGUGUUAAUAUCAAAUUUCCCAAGCUACAAUACAAGGGACUACCCAAACGAACUGUGAUACGUAAAUUAUCAACAAAUCCUCCAAAUGACGCCGAGGAACCCCAUCCAUUGGAACAUAUAUAUCCAGCAAAACCAUCUGUCGAUGCAGAUAAACCCAAAAUGUUGCCCAUGAAAACAAUUGAAAGCGUUAAUAAAAAAUCCGAAUAUUGCACCCCAAAGUACACAAUAACACAUCGUCAUGAUGUCGAUCUCAGUCAAUAUACAAAUGAAUUAGAUGCUAAACUAAAUGCCACCAAACCUCGUGAAUUAGUUGUAGACAUAGAACUGCCACUAUUAAAUUCCAGUAAUGAAUGCCAAUUAGAUGUUACGGAGAAAUCGAUAUUUUUGCUUAGCGAAAAAGUUGGCGCUAAAUAUCGCCUUAAUCUCGAUCUACCCUUGAAGGUGGAUGAUAAAAAUGGCUCAGCCAAAUUUGAUGUGGAUACCAGGCAUUUGGUUAUAACACUGCCUGUUGUGCAGCCUUCGCUGGCCAAACAAAGGGAAAUGCACGAAACUUUGUUACAUUUAAAUCGUGAAGAUAGUGGUGUGGAAAGUGACAUGCUAAACGAAGACUUGCUCUCAUCAUCCAGUAAUACCGACUCUCCAGUGGAGGAAUUGAAUUCUUCGCAUUUGGAUGAAGUUCUACAAAAGGCUGUGAAUAAUAACGUUGCCACGGAGAGUUUUCUCAAGGCAAAUGUCGACUAUCAAAUUCCAAAUAAGUUCGAUUGUAAUGUCCUGGACAAUACCAUGUCAAUGAUACUGCAAGUACGUAACGUACAAGAGGAUUCCAUAAAAAUGCAACAGCAUGAACGUGCUCUACAAGUACAAUUUAGCUCGGUGGGCUCUGGCUAUUAUCCCACAUAUUAUGCCUUUUACAUUGAAUUGACCGAAAGCAAUGGUGGCGUUAUGAAGAUCAGCCACGUUGAAGCUGAGGCCUGGGAAAAUAAUGUCAUUCUUAACCUGCAUCUCAAUCAAACUGCCGAAAAUUUAACUAGCUAUCUAGCCGGUUUGGAUAGUGAACAUCUCAAAGAAUAUUUCAUUUAUGGCAAAACUAAAAUGGCACACAAAUCAAGGCAACGGCAAAAAAUGGCCAAACCACAGGUCACAGUACAGCAGCAGCAACAGACAAAUUUGGAUAUAACCAUCGAACGUUCAGAGUGUGAUAAAUCCGUUGAUAUAGAAAUUAAACCACGUUUAAUGGAAAAUUCCACCUGUAAUGCAAAUACCACAGAAGAUGAAGAUUCUCAUGGGACGAACGGAAAUGCGGAUAAUGCCACCGUGCAGAGUUCCAAGAAAUUGAAUAAAAAACAAAAACGUAAAAAUAAAAAACGUCGUUCAUUAUCUGAAUCGGCUUGCGAUGAUAUAAAGGCAUAUCAACAGCAACAGGAGCAGGAUCAACAAGAGCAACAGGAAAAAUCACCUGCCAUUAUAACGGAAAAUGAGGCUGACGUUGACGCCGACGACGAUGAGGAUGAUGAAGACUCCUCACCUGAACGUUGUGAUAAAUCGACAAAGCCACCCAAUCAUCCCAUAUCAUCAUCAAUGAAUGUACCAACCGCGUCCGCCGCAUCAUCCAAUAAUGUUUCGAAUUUAAAUGCCAUGGGACCACAGCAACGUAACAAACAACGUAGUUUCUCGGAAUCACGUGAUAGCGUUAUAAGCCUCAGUGCAGGAAGUUGUUCCUAUAAAGGUAUUCUAAAACACUAUAGCCGUUAUGGACCACGUCCAUCGCUAACCGAUUCAUGCUCCUCCAUCGAUGAAUGUUCAUCGUCGGCCUAUUCCACGUCCGUGGAUGGCAUGACAAAUGCAUUUAAUGCUUUACGUUUUUCACAAUCAUUCAGCGAUAUACCGGAAGAGAAUGUUGUCGGUCUGUCGGAGAGCUGUAAGAAAACUGUACGCUUCAGUGAAGUUAUACGCAAACAAGUGUUUAGAUUGGAUUCCAGUAUCUUGGGUCAACGUAAAAAGAAUCAAAAACGUCGUGAUCGAAAACAACGAGCUCUACAGCGGCGUCUUAGUGAAGGUGAUUCUGCCGAUUAUGAAGACAAUAAGCCUAUGGUACCUCUACCUACUACUAAUUCCAGUGCUCAAUAUUUGAAAACAAAAAAUAACAACAACAGCAACAACAAUGGUGGCUCAGCAGCAUCAAAUAAUAAAAACGGCUGCAAUAAAUCCAAGGAUAAAAAAUCUAAUCCGAAAAAUAAUCGACCAAGACUGGAGUCGGAAUCAUCAUCGGAUGUUGAUAAUCACAAGAAUGCUAUGAUGUUUGAAAUGGAUAUGUAA